CUCAGGUGUGGGCCUCCUUCCUCAUGUUGAGCCACUUCAAGAAGAGUCAUCAGAGGCCAGUUUUGAAUGAAACAUCACAAUGUCUCCCAGUUCUGUUGUGUUUUUGCUGUUUAUUUGGUCUAAAUUAGCAACAGUUCAGUGUUACACCUAUCAAACAGAGCCUCUUUCUCUGUCUUAUGUCGACUUGGCGGCUCUUGAAGCGAACUCUUUCGCUCAGACUAAGGGACCCAACUCUUACUCUGGGGAUCCACUGGGAAUAACUGAUCACAAGGUCAAGACCCUUGUGGUAAAAUGUCACGAAGACAGCGUUGAGGUUGUGAUGAAAGCUCACCUGUUUGGCCCUGGGUGGCCUGUGGACCCUGCGCACUUGAGACUUGGACUUGUCGGUGCUGCACAAAGUCAAUGCAGAGCCACAGUGUCUGGACGCGGGGAGUAUGUCAUCAGAGCACCUCUGACUGACUGUGGGAGUGCAGUGAUGUUCACUCACAACGCUGUGCUUUACAACAACCUGCUGUUGUACUCUCCUCCUCCAACGUCACCCAGAGACCGCUUUCACAUGGAAGGAGCUGCCAUCCCUGUGCACUGCGAAUAUAAAAGGAGAUACACAAUGAGCAGCAGAGCUCUGAAACCAACCUGGACCCCUCUGAUUUCAGUCCGGUCUGCUCAUCUCAGCCUCGAUUUCCAGCUCAGGCUCAUGACAAAUGACUGGAGCAGUGAGAGAAAGUCUUCUGUUUACUUCCUGGAUGAGAUGGUCAACAUUGAGGCCUCUGUAGAUCAUCGUCGUCGUCAUCUUCCUCUUCGUCUGUAUGUAAACAGCUGUGUAGCUACUCUGAGCUCUGAUGUCACUUCCUACCCCAGAUACCCCUUCGUAGACCACCAGGGAUGUUUUACAGACUCCAAGCUGAAUGGCUCCAGCUCUCGGUUCCUGACCCGGUUCCAGGACAACCACCUCCAGCUUCAACUCCAACCUUUUCUCUUCCACCAGGACCACAGACGCACUAUCUAUAUGACAUGUUACCUGGAAGCGGAGCCAAUUUCAAACAAAGACCCGGAGAAAAAGGCUUGUUCCUUCACCAGUGGGCGGUGGAGGUCAGUGGAUGGUGACGACCACAUCUGUGUGAGCUGUGACCAGAUAAAUAACAGCAGCAGUGUCAAGUCCAGCCACAAGAGAGCGCUGAGGAGCACAACAAACAGACAACAUGAGCUGCACAGACAAACCACUUUGCAUCCGAUCAUAUUUCUUUCAAGGAAGUUGACAACAGUGUGAAAUACAAGUGUCUGUAUCAAACUGAGGCCAAUAAAGACAUUUAAGCACCUGU